UGGUGGGCCGGGCACCCGCGUCGGCCCCAGAAGGAGGACGCGGCCUUGAGCAGUCCUCAGAGCCCUCGUAGCCCUACAGCCCUGGGCGCUGGCCGGGGCGAUCCCGCUCCUCCGCCCGCUGGACAGGCCCGGGGCGGGAUGUAGGGCGCUGGGCGCGGAGGCCGCUGGCGCGGCAGGGGGAGCGCGAAGGGCGAGCCGAGGAUGGAGAGAGCGAUGGAGCAGCUCAACCGUCUGACGCGCUCGCUGCGCCGCGCGCGCACCGUGGAGUUGCCCGAGGAUAAUGAAACUGCUGUUUAUACAUUAAUGCCAAUGGUUAUGGCUGAUCAACACAGGUCUGUUUCUGAACUACUAUCAAAUUCAAAAUUUGAUGUCAAUUAUGCGUUUGGACGUGUAAAAAGAAGCUUGCUUCACAUUGCAGCAAACUGUGGAUCAGUGGAAUGCUUGGUUCUGCUGUUAAAGAAAGGAGCAAAUCCUAAUUAUCAAGAUAUUUCAGGCUGUACCCCCCUUCAUUUGGCAGCUAGAAAUGGGCAGAAGAAAUGCAUGAGUAAAUUAUUAGAGUACAGUGCCGAUGUCAACAUUUGUAAUAAUGAAGGCCUUACAGCAAUACACUGGCUGGCAGUGAAUGGGCGGACAGAACUACUCCACGACCUUGUGCAGCAUGUCAGUGAUGUUGAUGUUGAGGAUGCAAUGGGGCAGACAGCACUGCAUGUGGCCUGUCAGAAUGGUCACAAGACGACAGUGCAAUGCUUGCUAGACAGUGGUGCUGAUAUUAACAGGCCAAAUGUAUCAGGAGCCACUCCAUUGUACUUUGCUUGCAGUCAUGGUCAAAGAGAUACAGCACAGAUUCUUCUAUUGCGAGGAGCCAAAUAUCUGCCAGAUAAAAAUGGAGUAACCCCUCUGGAUUUAUGUGUACAGGGUGGAUAUGGAGAAACUUGUGAAGUAUUAAUUCAGUACCAUGCUAGGCUUUUCCAGACUAUUAUUCAAAUGACACAGAAUGAAGAUGUCCGAGAAAACAUGUUACGGCAAGUUCUGGAGCAUUUGUCUCAGCAAAGUGAAAACCAGUACCUAAAAAUUCUAACAAGUCUUGCCGAAGUUGCUACAACAAAUGGUCAUAAGCUGCUCAGCCUUUCUAGCAAUUAUGAUGCUCAAAUGAAGAGCCUUUUAAGGAUCGUGAGGAUAUUUUGUCACGUCUUUCGAAUUGGUCCAUCCUCCCCCAGUAAUGGAAUUGAUAUGGGCUACAAUGGGAAUAAAACUCCAAGAAGCCAGGUGUUCAAGCCUCUGGAAUUGCUUUGGCACUCAUUAGAUGAAUGGCUAGUUUUAAUAGCUACAGAACUGAUGAAAAACAAAAAGGACUCAACGGAUAUCACUUCUAUUUUACUGAAACAAAAAGGCCAAGAUCAAGAUGCAACAUCCAUUCCUCCAUUUGAACCUCCAGGACCUGGGAGCUGUGAAAAUCUGUCCACUGGCACAGGGGAAUCUAAACCAGAUGCUCUUGGAAGGAAACAGGAAGCCAGUGCAGAUUGUCAGGAUGUUAUUUCUGUGACAGCUAACCGACUAAGUGCUGUCAUUCAAGCUUUUUACAUGUGCUGUUCUUGUCAGAUGCCUCCAGGAAUGACUUCUCCCCGUUUCAUUGAAUUUGUCUGCAAACAUGAUGAGGUUUUAAAGUGCUUUGUUAACAGAAAUCCCAAAAUUAUAUUUGACCACUUUCACUUUCUCCUUGAAUGUCCUGAGUUGAUGUCAAGAUUCAUGCAUAUCAUAAAAGCACAGCCAUUUAAAGAUCGCUGUGAAUGGUUCUAUGAACAUUUGCAUUCAGGACAGCCAGAUUCAGACAUGGUGCACAGGCCAGUGAAUGAAAAUGAUAUCUUGCUGGUUCAUAGAGAUUCUAUUUUUAGGAGUAGCUGUGAAGUUGUGUCAAAAGCAAAUUGUGCAAAGCUAAAGCAAGGGAUUGCUGUACGGUUCCAUGGAGAAGAAGGCAUGGGUCAAGGUGUUGUGCGUGAGUGGUUUGAUAUUCUAUCUAAUGAGAUAGUCAAUCCUGAUUAUGCAUUGUUUACGCAGUCAGCUGAUGGAACAACAUUUCAGCCUAAUAGCAACUCCUAUGUAAAUCCUGAUCACUUGAACUAUUUCCGGUUUGCUGGACAGAUUUUGGGAUUAGCUUUGAACCAUCGGCAGCUGGUCAAUAUUUAUUUCACACGAUCAUUCUAUAAGCAUAUUCUUGGUAUUCCUGUAAAUUACCAAGAUGUGGCAUCCAUUGAUCCAGAAUACGCCAAAAAUUUGCAAUGGAUUUUAGAUAAUGAUAUUAGUGAUCUGGGUCUAGAACUAACUUUUUCUGUUGAGACUGAUGUGUUUGGAGCAAUGGAAGAGGUGCCUUUGAAACCUGGGGGUGGAAGUAUUCUUGUGACACAAAAUAACAAAGCGGAGUAUGUCCAGCUUGUUACUGAACUUCGAAUGACGAGAGCCAUUCAGCCUCAGAUCAAUGCUUUUUUACAGGGAUUCCAUAUGUUCAUUCCACCUUCCCUCAUACAACUUUUUGAUGAAUAUGAAUUGGAGCUACUGCUUUCUGGCAUGCCAGAAAUUGAUGUGAGUGAUUGGAUAAAAAAUACAGAAUACACAAGUGGCUAUGAAAGAAAAGAUCCAGUUAUUCAGUGGUUCUGGGAAGUUGUCGAAGACAUUACUCAAGAGGAGAGAGUUCUUCUUUUGCAGUUUGUUACUGGCAGUUCCAGGGUCCCCCAUGGUGGGUUUGCUAAUAUCAUGGGUGGAAGUGGAUUGCAAAACUUUACAAUAGCUGCUGUGCCAUAUACUACAAAUCUUUUACCGACUUCAAGCACAUGCAUCAACAUGCUCAAGUUACCUGAAUACCCAAGUAAAGAAAUACUCAAGGACAGACUUCUUGUGGCACUACAUUGUGGCAGCUAUGGUUACACAAUGGCAUAAAGAAGUCUGGAAAACUCAUCUGACUGCUGAUGCACAACUCAGAGAGGCAGAAAUAAUUUAGGAAACUGUCAAAAGAAAAGCAGCUUAAGUGCAACCUGUGGGCAGAGCUGAUUUUUAAAAUUCGUAAAAGAUCAGGUUUUUCUCUUUUUCUCUUUUCCCUUUUAUGUUUUCUUUGUGAUUCAGUUAGAAAGCAUAAAAUCACAGUAGACUUUAUUUUUAAAAAUGCUAAUUGAAAGUGGUAGAAAUUAUCCUUUUUCAUAUUUCUUUAAUCUUAUCUAAGAUUGUGUUAAGGCAAAGUCUUAUUCUACAUUUCACCUCUGCUAUGGAUCUUUCUUGUUAAAAGGGUGUUUUCUCUUCAUUUUUCUAUAUAUUAAAUUAUAUGAGCAAGGUCAAGGGUUCAGAUCCCCUUACUGGCCAGCUGCUUUAAAAAAAAAAAAAAUUAUAUGAGGACAUCCAUCUGGUAUGUUCUGUUGCAUGUGAAGUGCCAUUUAUAUUUUGGAAAACUUGUAUAGAAUGGAGUAAUUUAGAUUGUAUAUAAAGUCACAAAUAUGUAUUUUCCCACAUUGUAUCUAUAUUGCAAUUAUUUUUUUUUUUAGCUUUUUAAGUAUUUUAGUAUAUAAUGUAAAAGUUAGACUAACAAACAGCUGAUGAAAUGACAUCUGAUUUAUAUAUUAAAGUUUACACUAUAUUGUAUGAAUUAUUUGCAUCUUUCAGUGGUCACUUUUCCAUAUGUACAUAUUGUGGUCUCAAAGUUUUUCUUAUGCAUUAUUUUAACUUACAAAGAAGGUAAAAUUAAAGCAUUAUAUUUUACCAUA